AUGGCCGAAGCUGACAUUUUCAUGGGGGUUGCCUUCCUCACUCAGAGUGCAGCAGGGGUCUUGGGGAACUCCUGUCUGCUUUGUUUUUACAGCAAUACCCUCCUCACUGGACAGAUGAUGAAGCCCAUUGACCCCAUCUUAAUCCACCUGAUCUUUGCCAACCACUUGGUUGUUUUAUCCACUGGGAUCCCUCACACGAUGGCAUUAUUUGGAUGGAAGUUCUUUCUAGAUGACGCUGGAUGUAAAGUUGUUUUGUAUUUAUUCAGAGUAGCUAGAGGGGUUUCUCUUAAUGCCACCUGCCUUCUGAAUGGCUUCCAGGUCUCAAAGCUUUGCACUAGAAAUGCUUGGUGGAAGAACACUACUAGAUUCCCCAAGUGCUUUGGAUUCUGUGGUUCCCUUUUCUGGAUCUUGCAGCUCCUGAUAAAUGUUUAUGUACCUCUAAGAGUGAUUGGCCCAAGACACAAACAAAAUGUCACUCUGCACAUGCGUCAUAGAUACUGCUCCUCAGGACCACCACAACACUCUGCAAGGUUAUUACAUGUUGUCUUGUUGAUUUCCAUUGAUGUCACAUGCUUGGUUUUCAUGAUGUGGGCCAGUGGCUUCAUGGUCUUUGUCCUCCACAGACACAAGCAGAGUGUCUGGCACAUUCGCAGCCACAUUCCCUCCCGAAGGCCUGUCCAUGAGACCAGGGCCACAUGCACCAUCCUCACCCUUGUGAGCAUGUUCGUCUCCUUCUACUGCCUCUCUGCCAUUUUCACUCUUUGUGUUGGUCUAAAUACAAAACCAGACCUGUGGCUGGUGGACACGUCUGUGUUCCUGGAUGUGUGUUUCUCAGUCCUGAGCCCUUUUGUGCUCAUCAGCAGAGACACUCGUAUCACUCAGGUGUUUUAUUUCUGCACUAAAAGAAAAUUAUCAAGCUGA